GUUUUAGGUAUAGUUUAGAUUCAAGGUACAGAGUGAGAACGAGAACGAUAUCACAACUUCGACUCUGAAUCUCAACAAAUCCCACUAUCAGCAGAAGCCAUUAUGGAGUCGCCGGAUUUCGUCUUAGACGAGCGUGAUCUCUCUUCUCAGCCCAUAGCCGAAGACUUCCAACCCAACCAACAAUUCGAAAAGCAACCAACUCCUCUAUCAUCCACUACUAUCAUCUACGAUAAACCCAACCUCCUAACCCUACCCCCAGAAAUCCGCCUCCAAAUCCUGUCUCACCUGCUCAUCCUCCCCCCAUCUGCUCCACCACCUUCACAAAACGCAUACUUCCACUCUGGCCUGCCCGCCUCAUCACCAAUUCCCUUAUACACAGCCAUUUUGCGCACAAACCGUAAACUGCAUGCCGAAGCCCUACCCCUACUCUACCGGCACAAUACCUUCCUCGCGCAUCCCUCAUUAUUGGCUUCGUUACCGCGAUUACGCCGUGCCUAUGCGCCAGUGUUGUCGUGUAAUAUGGCGGACCUAAUCGCGCGGUUACACGUAUGCAUAAGACUAGACGCGGAGCCUAGGUACGAUAGUAAAAUGGCGGCGACGCAGUUAAGUGGACGCGAGGAAAUUGUGCUAGAGACAUAUCAGGUAUCGUGGCGCGGGUCAGGACCAGAUGCGUUGCGCUUAUUUGAGGGCGUGAGGGGAGUAAGGCGGGCGCGUGUUGUGGGGAGUGUCGGGGGUUUUGAGGAUUAUGCGCGGUGGUUGGAAGGUGUGAUGAUGUGUGAACAUGGGACGGAGGUCAAGCCAUUUGUAUGGGACGGCGCGCGGGAUUUUGGGACGUGUUGGUAGGUCAGGUAUGGAAAGGAAGGGAAAUGACUAGAUAAAUAUCAUCUCAAAUAUGAGGUGGUAUUUACACGAACUAAUAAAAUAAUUUAACUCAAAUCGGAUUGAAUAGACUACUCUGAGUGAUGCAUCCACUACUCGUGGCAUGAAGACCUUUUCUGUGCAAGACUCGUCAAUUCGGUCUAUUGGGUAUGAACAAAGUUCAAAACC